AUGCCAUUACUACAGAAGCUGCGAGCUCUUGCGGAAGAUGUGAGGCCCAUAUCUUCUAGUGAUAUGGCAAUCCCAUCGUCAAUCAUAGUGCAGAGUCAAUUGUCGGUAUCCUGUGAAGGUUCUAAGUUAGAAAGAACGGGAAGCCUUCAAAAUCGGAUUAGCUGUUGGCGGCCAUUCGGUAUUCGCAAUGCGCCAGCAAGAUCACCAAGGGAAUUUCUCUUGCAGGCGAAGUACACCUGUAGAUCCGCUGCCCUACUCUACCUACAUCGCCUUCUUCACCCUCCAGGAAACUCUGGGGCAGCUAACGCAACUGCCUUUGGAUGA